AUGAGCGCCGAGCAUCCUACCAACUCUUCACCUCCCACAGGUGCCGGUGAGCCUUCAACUGCCACACAACUCCAAUCAGUGGGAGAGCCGUCAAGAGUACACGCAGCAAAGCCAUCCGUAGCAAAUGCCGCCUCCCUCUUUGGUGCUGAUGGCGAUGCGGAUCCAUUUGCGAGCAUAGCUGCCGAGCCUGAGCCCGUUGACGGGGCAGAUGCAGGUGCAGGUAGCACCACUCAAGCUUCUGCGUUGAGCACCCUGGGAGAAGAAAGGGAGCCAGCGUACAGCUCGAAUAUGACACCUACCGCCCUGCACGUGCCAGACAGUCACGCACAUGACGAUGCGCUGGCAAGUCCGUCAGCUUUGUUCGCAGAGCAAACAGGGAGCGCUGCUGGUGUCGAUGACUGGCUUGGGGGCUCAGCAGCACAUGCAAAUGCCGACCCUACAGGCGACCAGCAGGAUCAAAGUGCGCACGGUGCAGACUUGGCAGAUCCUAAUGCUUGGCCAUCCUACGAUGACUAUGCUGGACGGGGCGCACAGGAGUACGGCGAGCAGUACGAUGCAUAUGGCGCCUACGAAGGCUAUGACGCGCAACAGGCCCAGAAUGGACAGUACAGCUCAUACGAUCCCGCACAACAAGAGGCGUACAGCGCUCAGUAUGGCACGUAUGAUGCAUCUCAGCAGCAGACUUACGAUGGUCAAUAUCAAGCCCAAGAGCCGACUCAAUCGGCGUCGCAGAGCGCUCAGCAGUAUGGAGCGUAUGGAGCGUCGCAGCAGCAACAGAAUUCCUAUGAGGUCGGGCAGCACGAUUAUGGCGCACCACAACGUGGUCAGGGCUAUGCGGACUAUUACGGCGAAGGCUAUGAUGCUGCCGAGCAAUCAGCUCAAAAUUACACGCAGCAGGCUGACAGCUACGAGGCCGGGAAUGGCCACCAGAAUGGCUACGAUCCAACUUAUGCGCAUGCGAAUUAUGCAGGUCAGCAAUCAGCUCAAGGCUACGCUGCUGACGUGUACGGGCAGCAGUACACAGCUGAUCCUGUCAAUCAGUAUGGAGUCCAGUCCGAUUACGCGAGCAGCGCUGCGUACGACCCAAAUGCCCAGCAAGGCGCUUACGACUACUCGCGAGCACAUCACGACGCCCCGCAAAACGGGCCCGAAGCAACUUUGCAAGAGUCCUAUCAGCCACAGCAUGACCCAUACGCACCUUCACAAGAUGUGGCGGGUGCGUAUUCGAACGACGGUCAAUACUACCACCCUGAGAAUGCCGAGACCAACAAUUACUCGUACGGCGCACAGUACGGCGAUGCGACGCCUGCUCAGACAGAUCCUUACGAUCCUCACAAUGGCUACUCUGCUCCUUAUGCAGCAGGGCCUUCAGAAGUCCCGAUACCAGACGUGGUAUCUUCACUGCCUUCGGCCUCCCAAGCUCCACCCAAGGGCCCUCCACGUGGUCCACCAAAAGGCCCUCCGCGUCGCAAAGUGGAGGCUGAAGCGCAGCCAGCCAGCAGCACCGCAGAGCGAAUUCGAGAGCCAGCAGCCCCUUAUGCCGCUGGUCCUGGAUCAUACGAGAACACAGGCGUGGAGCAGAAUCCCACGGAACUUGAUGGGGCGGCAGCUGAGAGCGGAGUGUCUGGUUACGCUUCUCCUCAAAGUUGGGCGAACAACCUGGAGAGCGCUGUGAGCCCGCCUCCACGGGCAAAUGCUUCCAGUAGAGGGGCCGAUCCUUCGCCCAUUGAGGAACAGAUUGUGCCACAACCUCCUGCGCUUACCUUUAGCUCGUACGAGAGUAGCGGGACCCUCGAGGAUGCGCAGCCCAGCCAGGCCGUUGAGGAGGAUACGGAUCAGACACCACCAGCGAACGUUGCGCCUCUGCCCUCGAAUGGCCCGGAUAUGGAAGGAGCUGAGGCUGCUCUUCGAGACUUGGAUCUGGAAGGCACAGAAAGCGCAGAGGCGCGUCAGCUUGCGGACGAGAACGGCCAAGACGCGCACCGCGUCUACAGCGUAGCAGAUCCUAGCGACGAGGCGUACGGAAGCUACGCGGCCGCCGCAGCUACUGCUGAUAAAGGAGGUUCUGCCUACGACGCUUUUGGAGAAGAGCCUGCGACUGCUGACGGAGAAGGACAAGGCUCGCUGUACGAGCAGCAAUAUCAGUCCGGCGGUCAGUCACAAUACGGCUACGAGCAGCCUCCUGAGCCUUACGGACAAGAGACGCACGUGUCUCAGUACAAUCCCUACGCUCCGCGGAAUGCUGGUGUAAAUGGAUCGUACCAAGACAGCAACGCUUCAAGCAGUGCCAUCAGCGAAGACGGUGGCUACGAAUCUUACUCGGCUUUCCAGAACGGCCUCUCGGUCGAUGACCAGCAUGAAGAGGCGCCUUAUUCUGCUGGCCCGCCAUCCAGCCAAUAUGCGGCUUUCCGCCAGGAGAUACCGCAGAUCAAUCACCCGAGCAAUGCUGGCGAGGACCCUUACGCCGAUGAAGCCCCGACGCCGCGCAGCGCUUACAUUCCUGCACCUGGCAGGGAAGUCCAAGAUGGUAGUCAGACUGCACCUGUGCACAGUUCGUCGCAUGACCCAAGUGGUGCACUCUCGCCGUGGGCUGCUAGCGGUGCUCAGGAGGCUAGAGUGCUCACUCCAAGCUCUGGAGGCACCACGAUUCAGCCGCCCACCGCUUUCAAGAAGCGCAUUCGUGACCUGGACCACUCAAGCUCUUCGGGGAGCUCCGGCGCGUACUCGCCCUCCCAGCCACCUGCGUCGUUGCCGCCAAGCACUGCCAUGUCGUGGGGAGGAUCGGAUCUCAACGGAAGCGACUCACCUAGCGAAAAGUACGGCAGCACCCUGGGCAGAUCUGGCACGGUCACUCAGCGUAGCGUCAGCUCUCAAAACCUGCACUCCGCACCUGUCGGUGCUACCGACUCGGCCUCAUACUUUGCCUUGCAGCAGUCAUCUGCGCACGCUGGCGCUUCGCCUGGAAGCGUUGGUGCGAGGUCUUCGUCUGUCUAUGGAGCGAGCAGUACAAAUCUGCAUGCGCAAUACUCGUCUGGUCAUCAGAGGCAACCGACGGAUUCAGCUGAAGAGCGCCAACGGGCGCGCAUUGGCAUCGCCACUUUUGGUCUGGAUGGCAAGCUCGUCACCUUUUUGCCGAACGCUGCUGCCGAGCCUGGCACCGGCUCGGGCGCGGGCACACCGUACGGCUUCGGAGCGGCUACGUCGCGCAUGACCAUCCGAGUCAGCCAAUUGUCAGCUGCAGUGUCUUCGCACACUUAUGGCAAAGCGCUAGACUUUUUGCGCUUUCCUGGACCCCUCUUCGAUGGGACUCCCGGCGCAGCGACUGGCGGUGCGCUUUCGCGUGGAAAUAGCGGAACUACGGCAGGCGCUAAAGCUAAGAAGACUGCGCUGGUGAACUACUUGAACGAAGCUGUCGCUGAGAUGGAACGAGGUGUGGGCUAUCUGAAACGGAGAAGGCCUUCCUUUGUUGGCUCAAAUGCUGAAGGCACACCCGUGAUUGAGGAUGAGGAUGGCGGUGCUGAUGGGCAGCGCGCUGAAGAUCGGGCUUUGCUGAUGAGACUUUUGCUGGUGAUGCUCGAACACGAUGGUAGCACGCUGAACAAGUGAGUGUGGCACUGCAACGGGGCAACUUGCCCGCUCAAGCGGUCGUGCUGAUUCCUCGGCCUGGCCGCCUAUACAGUCCCACCUUCGAUUCUGCAACGCGCAGCUUAUUGCUCGAAGGAACACCGCACCUGGCAUCCGGCAGCGGCAGCUUCGGCUCGGCCGGACUGCCCUUUGGGUCCAGCCAUGGUCCCAAUGCUGAGCAGACGUUGCAAAUUCACAAGCUCAGCAGCGCCUUCCUCGAUCGGGUUCAGACACUUUUGCGAGCUGGAGAGAGGAGAGAAGCAGUAGCUUUGGCAGUCGAGGGGAAAAUGUGGGCGCACGCCAUGGUCAUUGCUAGUAGCGUGGACAGAGAGUUGUGGAAAAGCGUCGUAGAGCAGUUCACGGACUCUGAGCUGAGCGCACGGUCCUCGGCGGAAGGCCUUCCCCAGGCGACCGAGGACGUGGACCGCCACAGUCUACGCGUAGCUUACGCCCUCUUCUCGGGACAAGAAUCCAGCACCAGUGAGUCUCGCGGCUGCAUCGAGUCGGCAGUAACAUGUCUUCUGACCAUCUGUCUUUGUACAGUUGCGAAAUCAUUCCGGAUUUCAGAAGCUCAUCAGCACGGCCUUGCGAACAGCUACGACACCAUCAAAGCUCCAAAGGGUGCGCCUCGUUGGCGAGAGGCUGCUGCGACCAUCUUGGCGAAUCGGGGCGUCAGUGGCGAUUCGGCAGCUCUGACUGCCAUGGGUGAUGGGCUCCUGCAAGGUGGCUGGGUUGAAGCUGCUCACAUUUGGUGCGUUGACUCGGUCUGAGCUUACUCUCCCACCGGGCAGCGCUGAUGUGGUUCUUCUUGCGCGCACAGCUACUUGUUAUCGCCACAAACAGCCGCGCUAGACGGAGUGGACGGACCCGCGGUCAGACUCACCUUGCUCGGUGCUCAUAGCCCUGCUGCUAGCACGGACUAUCUCAGGGACUUGGACCACAUCUUGCUCACUGAGAUCUAUGAGUUCAUCGGUUCAUUGCGACCGGUAGCGAAGGGCGGGGAGACCUAUCCAGGACUGCCUCACUUGCAGGCCUUCAAGAUGCUGCACGCGCAUCACCUUGCAGAGCUUGGCGACACAAAAGGCGCUCAAAAGUAUUGCGAUGCUGUCGCCAGCGUUCUCAAAGGAGGCAAGAUGUCGCGCCAUUAUCAUCACGCCUUUGUGGGACAGCUCAAGGAACUGACCGAACGUGUGAAUGGAGGUUCGCAGGAUAGCAAUGGUGCUACUAGCGGCUGGAUGACUCGCAAGAUCUCUCAGAGACCCACCAUGGAUGGCAUGUGGAGCAUGCUCGAAGGCAGAUUUACCAAAUUCGUAGCUGGCGAGGACGGCGAGUCGACGGUCGAUGCCAAAUCCAAUGGCAAAGGCGCAAGAGCGACAAGAAAAAGCGAUUCUGCCUCUGGUACAAAUACCGGUGCAGUUGGACCUUUCUCCCAUUACAGCGCCAUCACGCCGGACAACACAUCUGGGAACAUCACACGCGUCCAGUCUUCUGCAGACUUUCAUGCCUCGAACGUGUAUGGAGCGGGCGCUCCGUCGGGCAAUGGCAGCUUGCCACCGUCACGUGCUGGCUCGGCCAUGGCUUUCGAUAGAGGACAGACGCAGACACCCCUCCAGAGCUCAGGCUUCGAGACUAGCUACCCGUAUGGUGCGCCAUACAGUGCCGGUGGCUCGGAGUGGGGUCAGCCUCCUACAGCAAGCUCGCUCAGUUCGGCUUAUGCCAAUCCGAGCCAUACGCCUGAUCCGUACAGCAGCGAUAGGGGCUCAGACUAUGGUGGGGGUCCCUACACCAGCUACGGAGCGACUGGGAACGCACCGUGGCCGGGAAGCACGGGAGGGUAUGGCGCAGGUGAAGAAGAGCCACGCAGCGCCCUGCAGCCACCAGAGGAGCCGUACUACGGAUACCAACCGCACGGUGCUCAACAGCCGCAAUUCUUUAGCAACGUCGGUGGCGAGUCGUCCAAUGUGGUGGAGUCAGAAGACGGUUUCAUCUCUACAAUGGGCUCGUCCUUUGGCGCACCGGUUCCGACUGCCUCAUCACACGCUCAAGCCAGCGCUGGUACUGCUCGCUUCGAUGAGCCCGACGACGAAGAAGAUGACCUUGGCUUCGGGAAUGCGAGCACCGCAAAGAAAGCGAAGGAGCGCGAGGAGGCGUCUAAAGCCGUUCAAGAUGGCGACCCUGGCAAGAAGGCAGACAAGGCGCCCGAGAGGCCCAAGGAUGAUUCCAAGACUGGGGGAGCCCCAGCAAAGCCUGGUGAGUGCACGUGCACGCCGAAGUCCUGCCUUGCCCAAGACCUGCACUCAAUUUCGCGCCUCUUUUUGCAGAAAUCAAACCCAGCGGCUCUUGGCUUGGCCGAAUCUGGGGCCGCAAGGAGGCACCUCCUGCUGCAGAUCCUCCGGGUGGGCACAAAGCACAUUUGGGAGAGGAAAGCGUGUUCUAUUACGACAAGGACCUCAAAAAAUGGGUCAACAAAAAGGUGAGUGUUGUGGGUGCCGAUGCCGUGACAUUCGCUUUCCAUUACUUUGACUGAUGCCUGAGCCCCUGCACGCAUCGAUGUAGGCCGGAUCUUCAGCGCCUUCGGCAGCCGCAACGCCUCCGCCUCCUCGAGCUCAAACAGCCUCGCCUUCCGUGGGAGGUCCUGGGGCCGCCAAGCCACCUUCCCGUACGCCAAGCGCCAUGAGCAUGAGUGCGGCGUACUCAGCUUCGGCAGGUCCACCAUCGAGCAGGUCUACGCCGCCGCCGCCGAUCAGCGAAGAAGGUUCUGGCAGCCAAGAAACGCCUCUACGAAGUCUGGCAGCUCCGCCGCCUUCGGCAUUUAGACAAAGAUCCAAUCUGGGCGAUCCCAACCUGCCGGCUGCUUCGCAACCGACCAUGCACCGAUCGGCGUCGAAUGCGAGUAUGCCAGGCGGUGGCGCUGGACCACCAGGAGCCUCAGCUACGCCUCCUCCACCCCCUGGUGCUACUGGCACAGUCGGUCGCGGGAACAAGAAACGGCCGAUCGCUAGCCGCUACGUCAAAGUGGAUCCGUGA